AUGAUGGAGCAGAACCAAAGUGAGGAACUGCCGAACCCGCGCAAAAGCGGGAAGGAACCCCCCGACGACGACCGCACGUGCAAAGAGAGGAAAAUCAUUAGGAACAUCAAAAGCAUGUCUCGCACGCGGUCCAUUAACUACGAAAGCGGGAAGGGCGAAAUCAAAAUUAACCUGAACAGCAAGGCGAAACUGGUCCAAAGCUGCGCGCGAAAGAGUUGCACCAAUGGUGGAAGCGUAUCUUCGCAAAAGUGCACGGCAAGUACGGAGGAGAAGGGCGAAGGGAAGGGUGAAGUGAGAGACGAAGUGAGAGACCAAGAGAGAGACGAAGUGAUAGACGAGGAGAAAUCCAAAGAGACCAGCAACCAUAGCAAAGGCAAGCAAAGCAAAGGCAAAACUCUGCUUGGAAAAAUCAAACGGUGCAGCGCGAAACGAGUUAAACAGAGGAAUCAACCGAAUGUAAAGGAAAGCAACGAAACGAUUCCCCUCUGUCUAGAUGCAGAAAAAAGAAGCACCUGUGCAAAAGGAGUAGAGGCAAAUAAUGGAACGCGUAAAGACAUGAGACAGAUGCGCGUCGACCUGCAGGUAUUUCUCAGAAAUGCAGAGUCGCUUAACGAAGCCCUCCUCCCAAGAGACACUCUCCAAUCCGAUCAAAUAAAAAAGGAAAAUCCAAACAGGGGUGAACAAACUGUAGACACCACAGGUAUGGAUGCCCCCAACUGUGCAGGCGAUGCGCCCAAAGAACCCCUAACGAAUGAGCAACCCUCAGGUAAAGGGGAAAUAGACACAGAACAGCCACAAGAGGAGACCCUCCAGCAGAACAACCAAAGUUGUGAGCAAAGCCAGGGGGGGACUCCCGAAAUGGAUGGAAAGGAUCUUCAAAAUGAACCCUCUGUUGGAUGCUACCAACUUAGGCAUGUCACUCCGAAGGGAACUAAUGCGGACUCUGUGAAUAAACAGAACUCGGGGCCCUUGGGUAACCAAAAAAGGGGAGAAAGGAAGUGCAGACAAAGGGGAAAAAAUCGAAGCAGGCGCACCCCCAGCAGUGGGAGUGAUGCCAAUAACAUGGGAGGUGCAAACCACGUAAGGAAAAGAAUCAAACGGGAUGUUCAUUCGGAGAGAUCGCUUAGGAGAAAUGGAGAGCAGGCGUGCAAGGAAAGCGCGGGCGGGGUGAAGAAGGGCCUCCGGAGUAGCAGCGGGGGGAGCCGAGGAGGUGUAGGAGGGGGAGGAAACGGGGGGAACGUAGGAGGCGAAGGAGGCGAGGACAACCAAGCCAGUACAGUUAGUCAAGGCAACCAAGCCAGUGCAGUCAGUCAAGGCAGCCAAGGCAGUGCAGUCAACCAAGGCAAUCCGGACAGCCGAAGCCACCCGGGCAUCCCCGGAAACCCCCCCUACGACCACGCCGAAGACAUCAUUGAUCGGGUUAACCUAAACGGAGCGCAACCCCGCGCGGAUGAAAGCAGGACCAGAGUUGCUCUCCUAAAAAAAAAAAAUUUCAACGCCCCCCCCAGGAGGGCCCACAACAUAAAAGAUAUAAUUGACAGAAACGUUUUAACAAAUUUUAUUAAGUGCGUUAAUAAGCAGUACAUGAACGGCAAGAAAAAUGAGCCCGCUAAAGUCCCAGCAGAGGAUAGGAAUGGAGGCCACGAAAAGGGGAAAGUACUGCCUGUGUGCACUCGCGCGUGUUCGAAAAGGGGAGUGACCUACGGGGGGAAGGAGGGAGACCACCUGGAGGCAGACCAUCUGGAGGUAGACCAUCUGGCGGCCGACCAGCAUGGUGAAGGCAACGUUGGUGCGCAUCAGGCGGACGCUCAUAAGGCGGACGCUCAUGACAACGAUGCACAUAACGCCGAUUCUAAUAACACCCAUUCUCAUAACGCCGAUGCGCGUAACACCCAUGAUGGGCGGGAGGACCAGCAGGGAGGCAACUCCAGGGGGCGCACCGCCCCGUAUGACCGCCGGUGCACCGCCGAGAUGCAGAAGCCAAAGAAGCCAACCAAGAGAGACGCCACAACGCAGGUUAGCCUGAAUAAGGCAAAAGGAGAUCCACAGAGAGCACCCAAAAAUAGAGACCACUCAAGCUAUGGGGGAAACUUCCCCUCAAAUUGCCCCACCACAUCUGCCAGUGCGGAAAAUGAACUAUGCAGUAGGGUGAGUAGGAAUGCACAGGGGAAAAACGAGUUUAUCCAAUUGAGCAGCUUUAAGAAUGAACCUUCAAACCAUUCCGGGAACGGCUCCAAUCAUGUCCCCUCCACACAUGAAAAAGAAUAUCCCUGCAAAGGAGCCAACGUAGAAAUGAAAGAAGCACAUAAAAAUGAUCAAACGGAAAGGGAACAGAUGAACCCCAAUUUAGCCGUUAACCAGAAUUAUGAAGACGAGUCCGCUGCCCUUAUUAGGAAGUACCAGGAGCUUCUCCUGCAGCAUUUCGCCAAGCUCCCCCAUGUAGACAAGAAAGAAUUUGAAAAGUGCAGGUAUUGCGUUCUGCACAUUUUGAACCAGCAGCGGGGGGAAGACGGGGGCAGUCAAGGCGGCAACCAAAGUGAUAGUCUUUUUUGUAAGGAUGGCAGAUACUCCGAGGAUGGGCUGCAACGCGUGGCGCAACCCCCCGCCCACAGCGCGUCGGCCAAGGGCGGCAUCUACCAAGACAUCGCUCACAUAGGCGACCUCACCAAGAGCUUCAAAGGAAACUACGAAUCUUUGAAAAACUACCUGAACAGUUUAAACAAGAAAAAAAAAAACGUGCACGAGUAUAUGCUUAACCUGUAUUGCUAUGCGUACAUAAGGCAGUACGCCGUGAAUAGCGCGAAGAUGGCAGAUGGGGGCAACCGCGCUCUUACCAAGGAGGAAGAGAGUAAGGGGGUGCGGGGCGAAGGAGCGCUUCCCAACAGUAUGAACAGUCACUACGGCAGAGGUAAGGGGGACUCCGCGAAUGGUCACUUUGCGAGGGCCAUAGAUGAGAAGGGUAUCGCCGAAGAGAAGGGGAAAAACAGCGGCGGUAGCAAGAGCAGCGGUGAUAGCAGCGAGAUGAAGGCGGACCAAAAGGCGGACCACCGGGCGGAGGGCACCCCCCCCCGCGCUAACGACAAACAGGGGGUCGACACGCAAAAUGGCGAAAUUAGAAAAAUUCUGUGCAGAUACUACAACUACUUGAAACUAAAGAAUUACAUCAUCCCGUAUAACAUGUACAGCGGUUCCAGGGGGGUGGCCAAGAGGGAGAGCGGCCAGCGUCAGGGCGGAGCAAAUGGUGAGCUGCGCAGCAGCGAUGAGGUUCGCAACCGGGAUGAACCGCAGAACGAUUUGCUUCUCAACAACGAUUUGCUUCACAACAACGAUGAGCAUCGUAACGAUUUGCUUCGCAACCGCGAUGAGAGCAGUGCCAAGGGCAGACCCCCCCCCAGGAAGGCAACCCUAGAGGAGGAACUCAUCAACAUUUCCUACAACUUCAUCACAGAGCAUAGAGGCCCAAAUAAGAACCUGACGUAUGACCACUUCUGCAAUUUCCACAGGAGGGAAUUUUUAAAAAAAAGGACAAACGACAUUUUAAACAGAACAGACCAAGCCGCCACGAAAAAAGGGGAUGAACCGAAACUGCACUGCAGCGAUUACAGCUCCCGGCUAAGGCGCAGUUACACCUAUGGUGGUUUGCAUACCUAUGGUGGUUUGCAUACCUAUGGUGGUCUGCACACCUAUGGUGGUCUGCACACCUAUGGUGGUCUGCCCACCCAUGAUGGUUUGCCCCUCCAUGAUGGCCUGCCCCUCCAUGAUGGUCUGCCCCCCCAUGGUGGUCUACCCCCCCAUGAUGGUCUACCCCCCCAUGAUGGUCUGCACAGCAUGAACUCUUGCAAGAAGAAAAAUAACGGGAGCCAUUUCUACCUGUUCAAAUAUUUAAUAGAAAAUUUGAACCGAGAGGAACUCCAAAAGUUGAUGCUUUGUCAGUGCUGCUAUGUGCUAAAAAAAAUAGAAAAUAAAAUGACCCCCCUGGAUGUCAUUUUAGAUACCCAAAUUUUGUUUCAUGACUGUAACAGGUACUUCAAAAACCAGGGGUGGGUAGACAACAGUGGAGUGCCUCAGGAGAAGGCAAAGCUGGAGACGCACAAUUUGGAGAAGGACACUCGUGCAGCGAGUAGAGCAGACCUCGGUGGUAGUCUCCCCUUUAAUGCCCUGUAUAGGGGCGAGCUUGCGAAAUUCCACAACGGGGUGAAUGGGGUGAACGCGAUGAACGGGGUAAACGCGGUGAACGGGAUGAACGCGGUGAACGGGGUGAACGGGGUGGGCACCACUGGGGGCAAAAGUCAGAACAGAAGAGCGGCCCCCGCGCGCGCUAUCCCGUCCGAGGUUAGCCACCAUGCCAGGAGCAGCGGUGGUAGCGGCGGUGGAAGCGGCACUGGAAGUGGCACUACCAGCAAUGGUCUCACUAACGGUGACCUCACCAACGGUGGCCUCACCAACGGUGGCCUCACCACCAGCAGCAGAAGCAACAGAAGCAGCGUCCACUUUUACAAUUUUGAAAACCACGAAGUGUCCAUGACCUCCACGACGGCGUCCUUGAGCUGCCAAGGCAAAGCAUUCCCGAAUGAAAAAUUCCCAAAUGAAAAAUUCCCAAAUGAAAAGAACAAAAACCAACCAAAGUGCAGCGAAAAGUGCAGCGAAAAGUGCAGCGAAAAGUGCAGCGAAAAGUGCAACGAAAGGUGCAACGAAAGGUGCAAAAGGAAAAAUGACAAAGGGAGGAAUAAUCAGCUAGCGGGAAAAGCAGAAAAGGAAAAUAAAGAAAAAGUGAAGAGGUGCCAAAGGGCAAGGGGUAGCAUAGACCGCAGCAAGUUCGAAAGCGCAUUGUUUAAAAUAGCUAGCCGUAAGUUGAGGGACCUACAGAGGCAGGGGAAAAACAUCUACACCAGGGGUAAGCGGAUGGCCGAAGACCCGCAGAAAGACACACCGGAGUGAUGUGCGAGCAAGGUAAGCCCAUACUCAUGUACCUACAUAUGUUUGUGCCUGUGUGUGCUCGUAUGAUGGCGUGAUUAUAGUCCCGUGAAAAGGCCCCCAGAAGAGCCAAACUCAACACGUAGCACGCAGACCCAUUGACGAUCGUGUAACAUGCGAAGGUUUCAAAAUUAGUGACAAGUUGUGUGAGGAAGUACAUCCCGGAAGAGACUCAUUUGAGUACCACGUUUCACCACAGCU